GAUUCCGCUUGCUCCGCCGUCGGUAUAGGUUGCACAGCUGCGUCACUCGAGCACCGUGCAUCGAUUCGAGCGCUCCUUACAGCCUGACUAGUUUAGCGCGACGGCCACGGUAAGGUCUCGCGCGCCACGAUACGCCGGCUGUCGCGCAAAGUGGUGGUAGGGUGACGGUUUUGCGACGAGCGCGCGGGUGGGGACGAGGUCGAGGGCGUUGAACAAAGGUUGGAUGCGUCGGUCGGCCGGCCGGCGGCCGCAUUCACGACUCAAACAUGGCAGCGGCUACCAGCGUUGUCGUGCUCGACAGGGGCAACAACACCACCUGCACCAUCAAUUUACACGGAGCCACCGUGGUAUCUUGGCGUGUCAACAAUCAGGAACAGCUCUUCGUCAGUAAGCAAGCUGUAUUCGAUGGAAAGAAGGCGAUUAGAGGCGGCAUACCAUUCGUCUUCCCACAAUUCGGAGCGUGGACAUUCGGACCACCUCAUGGAUUCGCCAGGAUCAUUCGUUGGAACGUGGAGAAAUCGCCGGAGCGAUUGCCCAGCGGAGACGUCGAGGCGAUAUUCUCGAUAAUGGACAGCGAAUUCACGCGAUCGUUGUGGAACUCACAGUUUAGGUUAACGUACAGGCUAAUAUUGCGCGAGAAAGAGCUGCACUUCAAUAUCGGCGUGUACAAUCCUAGCAGAGACGACACGUUCAGCUUUAAUUUGCUCCUUCACACUUACUUCAAGGUACCCGACGUCAGGAGGUGCCAGAUCACAGGGCUACACGGAUGCACGUUUAUCGACAAGACCAGGGACAACCAAGUCUUCCAAGAAGGCCGCGACGUCGUAACAGUGUGCGAAUGGACUGACAGGAUCUACCAGAACACGCAGCCGGAGCAUAUCAUCACAAAUGUCGUGUCCGGCAGGAAGAUGCGCGUGCAGAAGUAUAACUUUCCCGACACCGUCGUGUGGAAUCCCUGGCAAGAGAAGGCGCGCGAUAUACCGGACUUUGGCGACGACGAAUUUCCCAACAUGAUAUGCGUCGAGAGCGGACACGUUAGUAGUCCGGUUAUAUUGUUGCCCGGAACAGCCUUCGAAGCCAGCCAAAUUCUACAGGUGAUGUGAGUAGAGAGUGGAUCGACUUCUCAUGUCAACGCCGGAGGCGGCAGCAAUCCGCUGCUUCCGGUCGCAUCCUCAGCAUCGUCCGCCGUCUGGCCAGCCGGCGCUGGCUGGCUCUACAUGCCUCCGCCGCCGCCACCGCCGCCUCCGCCGCCGCCACCGCCACCUCCGCCGUCGCAUCCGUCGCACCUGCAUUCCCAUUGCGUUACCCAGAGCUGCACGAUAUGCUCCCUGAAUCUUUAGAGAUCUCUCGGACGCAAGGAGGAAGCCGCAAGCCGGUCGGCCGACCGAUGCAAGCCGCCCAAUCCCUUCGAGGAAGGAAGAUUCCUUCCUCCGUCCGCCGGUCAAUCUCUGAGAUUGAACAGUUUCUCCAAGGAAAUUUCCAUGCACGACCCUAUACGAUGAGGGGGAAUACGUCUUUCCUUUUCAUCACGAUCCCAUCCACACGAGGAAGUGGCGAUUCGCUUAGCAAAAAGAAGGCGACUAGUUAAUUUCGUCGGGGAAUCUGUCUUCCUUCGUUGGCGUCCUUAUGUUCGCUUGUGACUUCGUCUUUGCGCUUCAUCCGUGUCUUACAAUCACGAAGUCACGACUAACCGAAACGAUUCGGCCGACCGGAUGUGCACGAGAAAUCGAUCGAUCUUUCUCUCUCCGUUAUUAUUCCACCGUGCGAAUAAUGUGUAGAUUUUAGACGAGCGAGUCGAUGAUUGUGUAGAAAAUCAAUAGUCGUCCUCACUCUGGUCCGGUUAGUAGCAAUAUCUAUCUUUCUUUCGUCGAAAGUAUUCGAAAUCAAUGAAUAUUUAUAAAGAGACAUACGUGCGAACGUUACGCGGGAGAGAAUAGACGAACCUUCCCUUUGUCAGGGAAAAUCCAAAAGAGCAUCGUUCUAAACAGACGAUCGCUUCGAAGUUUCUCCGUGAUCCAUCGCGAAUAUUUGCAUACAUUCCACAUACCGCGCUACCGAGUAACUUAAUUUAGCCCAUCGACAUGUGAAUAUACCCGGACGGAGCAUGUACUGUUAAUUAAGGCAGAGGAGUUGGACCAAUUUUCAGCAAAGGGAAAGUUGCGGCAUUUUGCGUCACGCGUACACCUGGAUUGUGUAAAUGUUACAAUAAAUUGACGUAGCGGAUCUUUUAAAGUAAAAUAGAAAAAUGUAAGGCUGGGUGAUGUACGAUCAAAAUAACGUAACAAGAGAGCCAGACGCAGAUUAAGAUGCGAUAUUACAGAGACUCAAAGUAGUGAACGUUUGGCUAAAAUAAAUCAUACGGCGAGCGUAAAGUUCGUGUCAUAAAAUAAAGUUUUUCUCGAGGUUUCAAUAUAGAAAUAUGCACAUAGUACAUACACAAGCUGUGGUCCUUACUUUUUCAAAUAUAUUACUUCGAUCCAUUGCAAACGUCACAAUUCCGACGUACGCUAGCAUAAGGCCGAAUAUAUUCAAAGAAGCCACGACGGGAUUACUCGAAGUGCCGUGACUUUCCCUUGUCGUUAAUUAAACCUUCCCCUCGUAGAAUGCUCCGUCCAGAUGUUCGAAUGUCGAUGACGCGUACCACUCCGCCGUAAUUCAUCACGACGACGCGCGCAGUUAGUAGCAUUCCCAUUGUGAGCCGGUGAAGAAAAAUUGCGAUUUGAAGAGGCACUAUUUUUUCGAUGAGACAGACUGCGGCCGUGAUUUCACUCGGAGGAUGAGCUUCCUUUUAAACUAUUUAAUGUAAGCCAGAUUUCUUCUCGCAAGGCUCUCAAAAACCCAAGAGUUCGAGCUUGCCUCAUGAAACAAAUAUCGUACUUUCAGAUGGCGAUCUUCCUUUGUAGCGUAGACUAUAUAUCUGUAAAAAUUAUAUGAUUUACAAACGCCAUGCUCAUAACAAGCGCUGUGUGAGGCUCCGUUCGUCUGUCCCAGUCUCACUUGGCGGCCCGAAUCAAAUUGCACAUACUAAUAAUCAGAUGAAAAGAGAAAGAGAUGUGUGUCUGGUGUCGUUGUUCUUCGCAUCACUUAUGGAUAUUAAUGCGUGAUGCAUUGUUUAUAGACAUGUACGGUAAUGAAUUUACUACGAAUUUCCCAGAUAUUGCGAUAUAACAACUCGACUUGAAAGUCGAUAUGAUUCACUUGCUAAGUAGACGAGACUCGUCUACUUGAAAUUCAUGGACGAGUAAUAAGAUCCACUUUGUGAGACAUACUUUGCGUAUAGAAUAACCAAUUUUAAUAAGCAUCAGUGAAUCUGAAACUUGCUUUCUCAACAAAUUUUUUGAAACACUAAAUUAUUGACGAAAGCAUCGAAAAAUAUCUGGCUUCGAGUGCAUUUUCAGUUGCCUAAAUUUUUUAUAUGCGAAUUUUUAGUAGUAUUUUUCAGCUUUUUUACAAAAAGGAGAAAAAUAUAACACAUUUUUAAUCACAUGUAGGUCACUUAAUCUUAACUAGAAUACGCAAAUUUUAAUAAAUUCCUACAUUCUUAUAUACAGAUGUAACAAAGAAGUUGAUAAAACUUGGAUAUACCGAAUCUAACACAUAUUAAACAAAAGAUGAGUCUGAAGUACAAAGCAUUUACUAUAAUUUCAUUAAAGAAUUAAUUAUAACAAUAGAAAAGAGAAACACCGUACAGAGAGAAAGAAAGAGAGAGAGACAGAAGGAACAUAGUCCAAGUAUUUGUCGAUACGGACACUCAUUCGCUGCUGAUGUUUUACAGGAACAAUGACAUCAAUGAUUAAAAUUGUAAGCAACUUUCAUUCGAAUUUUUCCAAACGAGUACUUCUUUCCUGUUACAAUCGUAUGUUUUUUCUUAGCUUAAGACAAAAUCGAGUUCUGCUUCAGUUUCCAAGACUACAUGGAUUUUAUUAAAUUUUACGAUAUACAAUUUACCUGCGAACAAUACAAAUAUGGUGCUAUUGUUAUGAAUAAUGUUGUAAUAAUAAGUAGCGACAGUAGGUAAGCUCAGUUAGCAUUUUUUUCCGUAAUGCUGCUACUUCGAGUAUAAUUUCCCUGCAGAAUUUUUUGAUACUACUGUCUCGAGUAAUAUAUACACAUAGUGAUCCGGUCACAUUUUUCCCACGUGUAAGAAGAAACGUUGCAUCAUCGAAAUAGACAUAAGCGAAUAUUUAUACCGUAACAUCGAUUACGAUAUUAUCAUAAAAAUUACAUGUGUAUACGAGCAUUUGUAAAAGUAUUAACUAAUGUCCGUAACAGGAGAUGGAGGGAAGCAGUGUUUUUAGAUAAUUGCAUUAUUAUUAUUAAACUAUUCAUAUAAAAUGAACGAGAGUGCCAUUGAUUUUGUGCCGAAAUAAUUUAUGUUUGUAUUAAUUUAUACGGAUGCCGUGUGCCUUUCCGUAAUUUUUAUUCCAGCAAAACGCAUUUUGUUAACGCGAAUAUCACACUUGUUUCUUUAUUGUAACGUUAAGAUUUGUCAAAACUAUGCUUCGUUCUUCUGAUAAAUUCAUACAGUCGGCUGACAUAAUUUCUACAAAGUAAAUUUUCCAUUUUAACGCGAUAUAUAUAAGAAAACAGCUUGUUAUCUUGAAUUCAGCCAUUGAUGAAAGUACGUGGAAGGGAUUCAACCACGUGUACAGUUGAUUGCGAGUAAAGAGAAAAUCAUAAGAUCAUUAGUCUAUGUCAAUUUCUUGCGUUAAGUGGAUUUCCGAUACGUUAAUAACAGUAUCGUAUGUAAAUUCUUCGAAUAAACUACUGCAUACCGGUAGUAUAAUAUUACAAUUAAAUAAAUGCUCAAUAUAGCGCGUUGUUCCUUGCAUAUUAUUAAACUUGGAGCCAAACAGAAAAGGAUAAAGAAAAAGCAAAAAAAAAAAAAGAGAAAAGAAAAGAACGAAUGGAACGUUCCUGCUUUUAGAUGUGUUAGAACGCCAAAAUACAGCCUAGUAAAUCAGAAUACGACUAAUAACGACUAUUUCGAAUAAGAGGGUUGAAUUUCACCAUUUUCGAUCCUAGGGAAUUCUACUCCAUUAACGAGUUUUGGUCUUUAGAGGCUAGACAAUACGUUCGCGUCAUUUAAUAAUAAUUAUACAUUCUUUCUUCCUUUCCCCCCAUAUUAGCAAUUAAGAUUCGGUCUUCCACUGCAGUGACAUCUUAUCGAAUCACACCGUAAUACCGUUCUCACUCGAUUCAAUGUUAAUAUUUCCGAAUACUUGUAAUUAAAGCGAAUUUAUGAAAUCGCGACUAAACAGUAUGUUAAGAAAGUGUGUACUCUUUUUGGGAAAGUGCAAUAAAAAUAUGGGAAACGAUUGUAUAA